AUGGAGGUUGCAAAGGUUAGCAUGCUUAACGAUCUUAAUACAUUCUCAAACAACUAUUCGAUUAGAGUGAAUAUUGUUAGCAUUUCGAAGAAGAUGAUGAAUAAUAACAAAAAUGAAAUAUAUCGUCCUGAUAUGAUCUUCAUGGAUGAGAUGGGAACUAUGAUUCAAGCCAGUUGUUUGCAUAAGAUGCUAGGAAAAUUCAAGGAAUUUCUUCAGUUGGAUGAAUAUCUUCUUAUCACCAAACCUUCUCUUGCUACUAAUAAGUCCGCUGCUAAGUAUACCAAGAGAAAUGACAAAAUAUCACUGUAUUUCUAUACUUCUGUUGAGAAAUGCUUUGACUGGUCUGGACUGAAAUACCGUUUUAAUUUCGUUAACCUCAAGGAUGUUGUUAAAAAUAAAUUUGAAGUUAAUACAGUUAUUGAUUGGAUUGGUUAUGUGGAUGUAUGUUUCAAUCUAGAGGAUACGUCAAAGAAGGAUGGGAGCAAGGGAAAGAGACUUAAUCUUAGACUUGAAGACAUUGAAGGCCAAAAGUGUCCGGUUACUUUGUGGGAUGGUUUUGCUAUUGACAUGUUUGCUUACAUGAAUGAUAAGAAACGAAAGAAAUAUGUUGUUAUCCUUUGUCAUUUUGGUAUGGUCAACCUUUACAAAGGCAGGCGUGGUGUUGCAAACGGCUUUGAGCUAAGCAGACUUUUUAUUGACACUGACAUUGAAGAGAUAUCCUCUUUUAGGAAGAGGUAUGUAGAGAAAAUUUAUGCUUCAUCUUCAUCAAAUGAUCAUGUUGGUUCAAUCGUUAUCUCAAGUGUUGAAGAUGAGUUUCUUAAUAACCCUGAUUUCAUGCUUAUUGGUUUCCUUGGAACCAUAUCAACGACAAAGAAGGUUUUGGUUGUUGGCACAAUCACAGCUAUAUGCACUGAUAAACUUUGGUAUUACAAUGGUUGUAACCACUGUAAGUCAGGUGUGGAGGAAAGAUUUGUAACGAAAGAAAAUCCGGAUGGUUUAUCUGAUGUUUAUCAUGAAAAAUCGUUGGUGUGUACAAAUGAUAAAUGUGAAGGAGUCGACAUCUAUUCUAUUCCCCGGUUCAAGAUACCUAUUAGGGUGCAAGACUCUUCCGGUACUGUGUCUUUGACACUGUUUGAUUUUGAAGCUUACAAGAUUCUUCAGAAAACUGCCAAAGAGUUAGUUUCAAUUCAAGAUCAGGUUGAAAACUAUGGUAUUUCAAUGGCCACUAACGAUGAUGAGAUCCUUUCCGCGCUCUGCUCCAAAUUCAAUCUUAACCAGCAUGAACAGUCCGAAUCGUUGGAUGUUCCAGAUUCCUGCAGUUUGUCUACUCCUGUUGACCUUAUGAAGGAUGAGAUGUCAUACUGCGGUGACAAUGUUACACCUGCAUCCCAAGCACUUGUAGGCACUGAGAAUCCGUCUUCUGAUGAAACAAAACGUAGUAUUCGUGAAGUGUUCGAUGUGGAUGAUGCAUUAGGUAACUCCUCGACAAAGCGCCGCAUUAGUGAUGAACUCUCUCAGGAUGAAGAUGCUGGUGUUUCAACGCUUUUGAUUCCAAAGAUUGAGAAAUAG